ACACGUAUUGCUCUCUCGCUCCAACAUCCCGUCGCUCUUUUAUAAUUCUCAACUUCCACCAUUCAUCCCGUAUGUAGGGAGCAAACAACGCCUCUCAGCACCACGAAAUCCCAGAAGACCCAGAGAGGUCGCCCCUCACCAUGGACCUCCUCCGCCGCCUCGGCGCCGCUAUCGAUCAAGACUACAUCCCCUGGAAAACGCUCAUCAUCACCUUCUCCGUCGCCGAAUACGCCCUCGAAUCCUACCUCACUUACCGCCAAUACCAAAUCCUCAAAUCACAGCGCAUCCCCGCCCAGCUCAAAAACGAAAUCGAUCAGAAAACCCACGACAAAUCCCAAGCCUACGGCCGUGCCAAAGCCCAAUUCGGAGUCGUUAAUGGCGCCUUCAACCAGCUUAAGAACCUCGCUCUCAUCACGUACGAUUUCUAUCCUGCCUGGUGGGCUGUCAGUGGAUUGUUGGUGAAUCGAUUCUUCCCGGCGAGGUUUGGAGGAGAGAUUACGAGGUCCUUGGUUUUCGCUUUCUCCUACUCGUGGGUUGAGACGAUCAUUGGACUGCCAUUCAGCUGGUAUCAUCACUUUGUGCUGGAGGAGAAAUUCGGGUUCAAUAAGCAGACUGUGGGAUUAUGGAUCACGGAUAUGAUCAAGGGGCAGGCACUGAGUCUGGCCUUCGGAAUACCGAUCGGUGCUGCGUUCUUCAAGAUUAUUCAGAAGACGGGAGACAACUUCUUCCUCUACAUCUGGGUCUUCAUGCUCCUGGUCCAACUCCUGGCAAUUACGAUCUACCCCAGCGUAAUCGUCCCGCUCUUCAACAAGCUCACCCCUCUCCCCGCCGGUGACCUCAAAGACCGCGUCGAAGCCCUCGCAGCGAAGCUCAAAUUCCCCCUCGGCAAACUCCAAGUCAUCGAUGGCUCGAAGCGAAGCAGCCACAGCAAUGCCUACUUCACUGGUCUUCCUGGUCUUCAAAAGCAGAUUGUCCUCUACGAUACUUUGAUUGAAAAGAGCACGACACCAGAAAUUGAGGCUGUUUUGGCGCAUGAGCUCGGACACUGGAAGAUGGGUCACACUGCGAAGCUGUUGGGAAUCAGCUCGUUCCAUUUAUUCUACAUUUUCGCGCUCUUUAGCGUGUUCAUCAAGAACAAUAGUCUAUACAGGGCAUUUGGCUUUGAGACGGAGAGGCCGAUUCUCAUCGGGUUCCUGCUCUUUAACGAAGUUCUGAGCCCGACGGAUUCGCUGGUCAAGUUCGGCAUGAACGCACUGACGAGAAAGUUCGAGUUCGAGGCUGAUGCUUUCUCCUUUGAGCUUGGCUAUGCAAGUGAACUCGCAGCAGCUUUGAUCAAGCUGCAAAAGCAGAAUUUGAGCUCUAUGGAUGCUGACUGGAUGUAUUCCGCUUUCCAUUACUCACAUCCAAUCCUGACUGAGCGAUUGAAGGCUAUCGGUUGGACGAGUGAGAAGAGGAUCUCGUCCGAGGAUGUGAAGAUUGGCGGAAAGGAUGCUGCUGAGGAGGCGACUAAGAACGCAAACGGCGAGAAAAAGGAAUUGUAGGCGUC